AUGGAUAGUUUAAUAGACAUACCACCUGAAGAAAAUCCGGAAAAUAUGCCAUCAGCCACUGAGGAACUGCUGCAAAUUAUGGAAGAUUUUGCGGACUACAUCGACAAAUUUAUGUUUGAAAUUGUUACUUUACUGGCUGUUGUUGACUCCGCGAUGGGGCUGAUAAAAGACGUCUUGGGACUUUUUGGUUUCGAGGGUUGGAAAAUGGCGUUUUUUCCUACGUUUUCCUUUAUUGUCACAACUGGCGUGUUUCUCUUUGGCGCGAAAAAGAGAAAAGGAAAGCGAGACUCGCCUGAAGCGCCUGAAGGCCUGGCGGAGGCAUUUGACGCUAUUGAGGAUGUAAUGGAGGUGGUCGAAGACGUGGCGGAAGGGUUGGAGGAAAUAGAAAACGAAGGUGGCGGCGAUGAUGGGGAUCUAGGUAAGGCUUUGGGAGAUGUGGUAGGAAGUAGUGUUAGUCUUCCGAUGGGAGCUUCAGUUGGAGAUAUCCAGGGAAUAGUGAACGGCGAGAAUGGAAAUGAGAAUGGACAAGAGGACCCAAACACUGUUAGCACCCCUACUGAUGGCAAUCAAAAUAUUGCACGCAAGGUAAUUGCGGUUGCUGUUCUUGCAGCUGGGAUUUUAGCAAAGCUCAAGAAGAAAAGAGGUGAAGGCCAGGAGGAAGAUGUGCCAACCACCGACGCACAAACCGGAGGUGAAGGAAGCUCCAGAGAUGUUCAAGGACAGGAGGCGGGAGUCGGGCCGGAGAUGCCGCAGAGAAAUUUACAACAAGGUGAAUGGCAGUCCGGGAUGGCGCCCGCAAAAACAGGUGCCUUAGAUUUUACAUCAGUUAACCACAAUCCGCAUGCUUCAAACACAUGUGGGUUAAACGACUCGGUGGUUGUCGACUUAAAUCCCUUAGAACAUGGAAAAAGAUUUGCGGAAAUUGAUUUGCAGAAUGCAGCAAAAACGAAUGUUAUUUCUGCUGAACGGCAUCUUAGAUGGAGCUCCAGGCAGAUAGCAAAAGGUGUUGAACAAGGUGCAUCGGAGAUUACGAGCGGUUUUGAAGGGACUUCAUUACCAGAAACAAGCAUUAACUUAAAAGGUAACUUGCGGAGUACAACGCUCCUCGGCGAAGAUACCCAAGUUUCGGAGCUUCUGAGGAAGAGCCCCGCUGAAAUGGCGUCUGGAAUGGUCCAGAAUACCACUAAUAUGGCUGGCUCGGCUAUACAAGGUGCAGAUCAGCAGGCGCGCAAGGGAAUUGAGGAAACUCGAAAGAAGUCCGGAAGUAUAUUGCACAUUGCCAUUAGACUUGUUCGACUUGUUGUUCGGGUUGUGAACAAAAAGAAAGGAGGGUCGUCUGCAAGUAGCCAAAAAAGCGAGGAUAGCACUGGGAAAGCUGGUUCGACUGACAUAAAAGGAUCGACUGUUUCCUUAGAAAGCGAUUCAGUUUAUUUUGAUUGCGUUUCCACUACACCAGCACAAACACAGCGGUAUGGAACUCGGCACGAGUCGUGCAAAUCACUGAUGUCCACAGGCACACAAACUGACCGCGAUAACAUACAGCCUCAGUAUCGAAGCGAGCCAUAUCUUUUGUUCCAGGAUUCUAUGGGAAUGUUCGCCCAUGAACCGAGAGUAACGCCCUGGGAAAACUUGCGCAGAUCCUUUCUUAGCAUGCCAGAUAAUGCAUUGUUGGAAAUGAGACACGCUGCCGAUGAGGAGAUGAAACUUAGAGGCGCAGCGAACGAGCAGUUAAAACCGGUCAAUAAGAAAGUGGACCUGAGACCAGCUUGGCUAGGUUCUCGAGAUGAAAUGGCGCGCCGAGCCAAUGAAACCCUUCUCCACAUUUCCUCGCCUUUUCUAGGCCACGAUCAGCCGGGUCCAAGCUCUGAUGGCUACACAAGAGCUCAAAAUCAAGGCUUAGAUGCACCGGUGAUUUUGCAUCGAGUUAAAGAUUCAGAAGCACCUACAGGGGUGCAGAAAACAGCUACCCCAACAUAUUUACAUGACCGAGACAAAGCAGAAAGCUAUCCAGUGAUAAGUUUUCGUGAUGCUGAAAGACCGGCAGGAGAAGAUAAUGAUGGGGUCAGACCUGAAGGCUCUAGUCAUGGGAAAUCACCUGUAUGGGAUCGAGGUAGAAGCCCAAGUAGACAGACCGAUUACAGCAAUGAUAAUACUUUCGAACGGAACUGGGAUAACGACGCGAGGAGCUUAGAUGGUGGUUCUGAUGCUUAUGGGGAUCGUGGAAAGCGUUCUCGAGAACGCAAAAUGCUGAGUGCUCCGAAUGAGUGGCGGGGACCCGACUUAGAUGACGAACGCUACGCAAAACCUCGUCGCCAGGAUCGUGACAUCAGGAGCCGAGACAAAGUCCCAAGAGAACGUAACAUUCGAAGUUCAUCGUCAUACGAAGGUUUGGAAGAAUACGAAGACAGAAAAACAGGUGAGCGAUUUCCCAGUGAAGACAGUCCAAAACGUCAGAGUGGCUCUCAGCGUAUGAAUGGCAAGCCUGAUAAACUGCGGCGAUCAGUGUCCUAUGAUCUGACGGAAGAUGAGUUUGUAUUGGAGGGUGAAGAUUUGCGUCUAGAUAGUGAUCUGAGUUUAGGACGGUUCGCGUCCAAUGCUAGGGUUUCUUCUAAAUCAAACCAAGGAAAACGUCCUAUGGAGGUGUCGCCCUCGAAAUCUCGCCCUGUUGAACGUGUAACGUCACAAGAACUAAGUCGUGACGGACAAGCUUAUUUUUCCAAACCUCGGGAAAUAUAUUCCCCAGGACCACCAUCUGAAUCGUCAGGAAGCGUAGAAUCUACCCGAAGUCAAAGGCGAUCAAACAUGUCUUUGUCAAGUGUACGCUUUGCAGACGAAGAGCCGGGUGCAAGAGCUGGAAACAGCCGCAUGAGAAGAGACAAGAGUCAGCGAGGAAAAUACAAUAGUAAUUACUUAUUCCAGCAACCUAUGAAACAAGGAGGCCCACGCGACUCCCUGAAAAAACGCCAAAACGGACGAUGGAACAGUGCGGUUUGUUUAACAGGUCAUCAAAAAGCACCAGAGCUAUACACGAACGAUGAUUACAUUUCUGACGAACCUGAUUCACCUAGAGCUCGUUAUGGAAAUCAGACAGGAAUAAACAGGGGUCCGUCGUUUAACAGACUUAGUCGCGGUCCAUCGACAAUAAUUCGUACUCGGUCCGCAAAUUACCUGGGAGAUGAUGAAUCGGAAGAAAGGGCAUAG